AUGUGUAACUGUGUAUGCUUGUGUAGCUAUGUGUAUGUGUGUGUAAUGUGCAUGUCAGUGUGUGUAGACCAGGACCCCGACAGCGCCGCAGCCGCGGAGCGAAGGAAACUCCCUUCCCCGUUUCAAGGCACCUCCCAGGUACCUCUCACCCCGCAGCCACCUCUCCCUGUCCUCUCGCACUCCAUCCAUCUUGCCUGGCGAGAAGAGAGAACAGACGGCAACGAGACCGAUCCGAUCUGUGCACUUCACCCGAACUAGCCUCCAACUGCAAAUAUGCAAGCAUAUAUGCAUCUGCGGACACGCCCGGGACAGAGGACGCAGACUGGACCAAACGAAGACCCCGGGGUUGGGGAAUCGACCUCACGACGGGUAGGCGCGCAUAGCCCUGCCCCCCGUCCUACGACGGCAGCGAGAACCGGCAACUCGCGGGCUCUCUCCUUCUACGACAAAACGGUCUCGCAGAAGGAGGAGACCGCCGCCCAGGACCUGCUUACGACUAGCGUCAACGCGUAUCGCUGCGAGGACCAUGCACUGCACUCCCAGAGGAUGUGACUUGCAGUGUCCUCCGCAGCGCCGCAAUGGUGAUACUGUGGUGUGUCCUCCAAGCAACUCACGACCUAAUAGGACUGACGAAUUCCUCGAGCACAUGUUACUUUUUCGCUACCAUAGAGCGUAUUUUCAUCAAUGUUCAGGCAAUCAACCCAAACAGCCGAAAAAAUAUUUUUACAAAUAUUUAAACUCUCGAUAAAGGUGAAAAUUUGGUCUUAUAAUUAUAUUUUAUCAAUUUUGUGUAAUUUUUCACUAAGAAUUCUCACCCCCAAACAACGUGAUGCAAUUCUCGCCUCUGUCUUUGCAUUCAACAAAAAGAACGGAAGAGAUAAACUAUUAACACGUUAUAUGGCAGGUACAAGUAAUCCAGUCUUCGUCUCCGACCAUUUUUCACUCUCAAAUAAGGCUUUACAUUGUACUGGGUGCUCACGUGGGUGCGCAGUGGACGUAGAUGUAUAA